UGUAAAAAUCACAUUGAAACUUUUUUUUCUUGAGUGUGCACAUCUCCCGAUGUAUUGUAAAACAACGAGGAAGAUCACUUUACUUGAAUAUUUUCCGAAGUUUUUAACUGGGUUUUGUACCUUGAUGCAGCUUCGACAAAGAUAAACCACUGUCGGAAUCCCGCCAAGAUCCCAAAAUCAGAGAUGUAGUCUCUGUCCAAGUCUGCUCGCAGACAUCCAAGGCUCACCAUGCUGUUUUUCCUGCUGCUGGUGUUACAAACCAGUGCCAAUGCUCAGAUAGAUCCAGCACAUUGCAGAUACCCUCUUGGGAUGGAGGAUGGCCGGAUCAAAGAUGAUGACAUCACUGCCUCCAGCCAAUGGUAUGAUACCACUGGACCCCGUUAUGCAAGGUUGAACAGGGAGGAAGGGGAUGGGGCAUGGUGCCCGGCGGGUCCCCUGGAGCCCACAGAUGUUCAGUACUUGCAGCUGGACCUGCGCCAGCUGACAUUCCUCACAGUCGUUGGCACCCAGGGCCGCUAUGCCCGCAGCUCUGGUAACGAAUUUGCCCGCUUGUACCGCUUAGACUACAGCCGCGACGGUCAUCACUGGAUUUCCUGGAAAAACCGCCUUGGUGACAAGGUGAUCAACGGCAAUAACAACGCCUACACAUCCGUGAUUAAAGAUCUUCACCCGCCCAUUAUCGCACGUUACCUCCGGGUCAUCCCUGUCACCAUCGUGUCAACCACCGUGUGUAUGAGAGUGGAACUUUACGGAUGCCCUUGGACUGAUGGUUUGACAGCAUACAGUGCUCCGGAGGGUCAGGUGAUGAUGGCCCCAGGAUAUUCCGUUGCCACGCUCAAUGACUCCACUUACGAUGGCGUCUUCGAACGCAGAAAACUGAGUGGAGGCCUGGGCCAGUUGACCGAUGGCGUGAUCGGGCAAGACGACUUCCUGGCCACCCGUCAGUACAGCGUGUGGAACGGAUACGACUAUGUGGGCUGGAAGAACGACAGCCUGGGCCCUGGAUACGUGGAGAUGGCAUUUGAGUUCGACAGGCAGAGGAACUUCACCUCCAUGAAGGUACAUAGCAACAACAUGUUCUCUCGGGGGGUGAAAAUCUUCUCCUCCGUGCAGUGCUGGUUUAAGUCACGGCUCAUUGCCGCUCAUUGGGAGCCGGAACCAGAGGAGUUCCGCACCGUCCUGGAUGACCGGAACCCCAGUGCCCGCUACGUAACUGUGCCCCUGGGCCGGCGCAUGGGCAGAGCUAUCCGCUGCCGAUUCCACUUUGCUGACACGUGGAUGAUGUUCAGCGAGAUCUCCUUCCAGUCUGCCCAGAAUGUGAUCCCUACCCAGACCACAACUGUUACAACACCAUCUUGGCCCAAGAAUCCCAACUCUUUGCCUACCACACUGAAAACUGUGACGACCCCGUGGCAGAAGACUAACGCGCCUGAGGAAAGCAACACCUCCAUUCUCAUCGGUUGCUUAGUGACCAUCAUCCUCCUGCUGGUGGUGAUCAUUUUCUUGAUCCUCUGGUGUCAGUACGUGUGCAAGGUGUUGGAGAAGGCUCCACGACGCAUUCUGGAGGAGGAGGUGACAGUCCGGCUCUCCUCCAGCAGUGACACCAUCAUCCUGCAGACGCCCCCGGUGCCCCCGCGCGCCUCCCAACCUGACCCCCCCUACGAGAGGGUCUUCCUGCUGGACCCACAGUACCAGGACCCGGCGGCGCUGAGGAACAAACUCCCGGAGGUGUCACAGAGCGCUGAGGCCUCGGGCUUUGGAGGUGGCUACGCAGAGCCUGACGUGACCCAGUGCACUCCUCACCAGUGCUUCCAGAGCAGCGUGCCCCACUACGCAGAGACGGACAUUGUCAGCCUGCAGGGAGUGACCGGCAGUAACAUGUAUGCCGUCCCUGCCCUGACCGUCGACUCGCUCACGCGCAAGGAUAUCUCUGUGGCCGAGUUCCCACGGGACCAACUGAUCUUUCGCGAGAAGCUGGGAGAGGGACAGUUUGGGGAGGUCCACCUGUGUGAAGCGGAGGGGCUGUUGGAGUUUUUGGGAGAGGGUGCCCCCCUGCCGGAGAUGGACGACAGGCCAGUGUUGGUGGCCGUAAAGCAGUUGAGACCGGACGCCACCAGUACUGCCAGGAAUGACUUCCUGAAGGAGAUUAAGAUCAUGUCCCGACUCAACGACCCCAACAUUAUCCAGCUGCUGUGUGUGUGUGUGAGCUCGGACCCGCUCUGCAUGGUCACCGAGUACAUGGAGAACGGCGACCUCAACAUGUUCCUCUCCCAGAGGGAGAUGGAGAGCACACUCACCCACGCCAACAACAUACCCUCUGUCAGCACGUCGGACCUCUUGCACCUGUCAGUGCAGAUUGCCUCUGGCAUGAAGUACCUGGCCUCUCUCAACUUUGUGCAUCGGGACCUUGCCACUCGCAACUGUCUCCUGGAUCGCCGACUCACCAUCAAAAUUGCCGACUUUGGCAUGAGCCGCAAUCUCUACAGUAGUGACUACUACCGCAUCCAAGGACGGGCUGUCCUGCCUAUCCGCUGGAUGGCUUGGGAAAGUAUUCUACUGGGGAAGUUCACCACUGCCAGUGAUGUGUGGGCGUUCGGUGUCACGCUCUGGGAGAUUUUCACCUUGUGCAAGGAGCAGCCGUACAGCCUUCUGUCUGAUGAACAGGUCAUCGAAAACACUGGGGAGUUCUUCAGGAACCAGGGGAGACAGAUAUUUCUCUCUGCCCCGCCACUCUGUCCGGCCUCUCUGUUUGAGUUGAUGAUGCAUUGCUGGAGCCGAGAUAUCGGUGACCGGCCGUCAUUCAACUGCAUCUAUCAAGCCUUGCGGCCACAUGCUAACCCGUGACUAUUCACCAGAACCCACCGUCUCCAGUGAAGGAUCCUCUGGACUCCCGAAGGCAAGGGGGAGGAUCAGGAGACGGUCCAGCAAUGAUGUAGCUUCAGCAGCGCAAGAGGACAUCUGUGGGAUGUGGGUGUGUGGACCCGAGUGACGUCCAGCAUUUUUUAAACAACAAGGAGGGGGGAGAAAAAAAGCGAACUUGACGUCAACUCGCUGUGGUAUCUGCGUUGCGUUGUUGAUGCUUAAAUCCAAGGACACUUGAUUAAUGUUUAUUUUGUCUGUCUCUGUAAUAUGUUUUCUAUAAAUUGUACCUUUUCACAUCCAAGUGUUACAACUGAAUCAUUUCAGUUGAUACCAAAGGAGAGGGGAGGAAAGAAAUGGAGAGGGGAAAAAGAAGACUGAAUGCUAGAUGGAACAGAGAACCAACAGCUGGAGGGCCUGUGGUUGUAAAAUGUAAAGCACUGCUGUGAUUUUGUUUCUUUCCUUUUGCCCAUGUUCCUUACCUACCCCCACACUGGAGUAUGACUUAAUAAUCUUUCUAUGUUUUAUAGUAUGUUUUUUUUUUUAUUCUCUGAAUAUGAAUGUUAUGCAGGUUAAUUUGGAUGAGGCUAGGCUGGCAAUCUAUGCUCCUAGCUCCAGCAGAACUACUGUCAUUGCAGAGUGAAAGCCCUAACGGAGAAUAGGGUUGUAGAGCCACAAUGGACUGAUGUGCAAUGGAAUGCACUGUCUCUCCCCCCUCACCCCCCCAAUUGGAAUGGGCUGCAUUAUGGGCUGUAUGGACCCCACCCCCUCCUAAUCCAAACAUGAAGAGGUGGAAUUGUCUUGGCCAUCUUAGUUCCAUCAGUGCUCCACACAUCACACUUAAUUCUUGUUCACUCUUUUUACAUUGUGCAUAGCAUAAGACCAUAGGUCUAAUGCGUCUUUGCACCAUCUGUUGGUGUACCAAUAGAUAGGCCCAUGCUGUUGCCACCAGCACUUUUAGUGUGCAGUGUGCUUCAGUUAGGCUGGUCUGUGGAAGACACUAUAAAUCCUCAGCGAAGCUCAGCACCCUCAAGUGGGUACGCUGCAGUAGACUGUCAGAACGUGCGUUGUGCAUGUGUUAUUUUCAUAUGGUCCAUAUUGUAGUUCAGAUAUUUCGAGAGGUCUCAGUUUUUACUGGACCUCUUUAAAAGGCACAUGGUUUGGGGGAGUUUGAACAAUUCAAAGCACAUAUUACUUUACAUGCUUAUUCCCCUGUAUGCUUGUAUGCCCUUUCUAACUAUAAAAGCUCAUUAAUUUGUGCUCAUGUUUCAUGUUAAGCCUUAAUAAUUAUGCCAAAUUGGAUGUGCAUGUGAUCAUUGUUUCAAAGCAAUUUCACAUUUAUAGAAACAUGUGAGACUGUGUUUUUUUCCUCCAUCUAUUGUUGUUUUGCUAUGUGAUCUUUAUCAUAAUAUGAUCAUUUUUAUAGUUAAUUUUUACUGUAUCUAAUUUGCUGUCGUAAGGUAUAAAAGACAUUGUUGUUAGGGCUGCUGGGAAGUGUCACAAUCUGGAAUAGUGAAUGAAGCAUUCCUAAUAGCGCUGGGAUCCACUUUGAGAGGCAGAGAAGGGUCAGGGAAUUUUUGUGUGCAUGCGUUUCUGUUUGGUGCCUGGCAUUGCAUUCCGAUCAGCAAACCUCAGGGCCAGGUUGACCUCUAAACUCAAAGUCUCCCAGUUGCAUUUGCUGAAGUGAGCCUGUGGUCUUCUCUGUUAUUACUGAGUAGAGCCUUGUUUAUUCUCUCUCUCGCGAUUUGUUUUCGUAGCCUUUUUGUUUUGUUUUGUUUUGUUCCUCAUCUGUUGCAGAUGACGUGAGAGUGAGAAGGAAGUGUUAGGCUAUGGAGUGCAUUAUGUGAACAUACAAAUGUGCAUACACCGUGUGGCUGUGUGAGUGUUUUGUAUUUGUACUGUGUGUGUGUGGGGGGGGGGGGGGGUUGAGUUAAGAUGACCUUGUGAGAAUGACCCAGCAGCGUGGGAUGGAUUUUUAGUUCUUAUUCUCAAGUGGAUAACAGCUGGUAGUUUCAGUAGUAUGCACAGUCUCAGCACUUUUGACUGAAGGUGUCAUCCCUGAUGGCUGAGUGACAGGUUGCUCUGAAACAAACCCACGUGCAGCCUUCUGUAAAGUUUAGCUAUGACUUACAACUGUUCUGUGGUUCAAGAUGCACAUCUCCAUUUAAAAAAAUAAAAUAAAUAAAAACAGUAGAGCAUUUAAUAAAAAAAUGAAACUAGAAGCAUCCCCUGUCUAAAUAUCGGCAUAUACGUGCAUGCAAAUUAUUGAGCAUUAUUAGUAUUAAGUAUUAGUAUUAGUACUAAUAUUAGUGUGCAAUCAGUGAGUGGCGCUUUGUUAACUGUGUGCAUAUGUGUCUGUAUGAGAGAAAAAUGUGUCCCAGUGUGCUUGCGUUUGUUUAGAUAAGUGACUGCUCUUUCCAUACCUUACUUUUUCUUUAGCUAUAGUUCUAUCUCUGCGCUCUGUAGGAUGUAUGUGACUGUCAUGUACAUAGUGUAGUCAGAAUAGAUGUAUAGUAAUAUAUUGGGAUCUAAGGAUGACAUUCUUGCACCAUCGUGUAACUCUCUUGAGUGUUUCUCAUUCUUGUCUCUUAUAUUAAAAACUAAACCUUGUCUGUA